AGCGAGCGAAACUUCAACCGAACAGCUGUCAUCCGGCAUGUUUGCAUAUGUAAACAAACAUUCCAUGGAGAACGGAGGCCGGAAAUCGCGUUUUUACAACGAAGCCCCGGUUUUUAGUUAACUUCUCCUUUUGUCGCUCAUUUUCUUCAGUCAUACUUUUCAACACAACGUAAACAAUGGACGAGCUGAAAACUAUUAUUCGAGCGCUAGCCAUAUCGAAUGCUGCCAAUGGCAUAACGGUUGCACAAUUGAAUAAGGACUUCAAGAACCUCGAAGGGUACGCAAUUCCAUACACCAAAUAUGGAUUUCAAUCACUCGAUGGAAUGCUGAGGACAAUGACCGAUGCAAUUCAGGUCACAGGAUAUGGACCAACGGCUGUGAUGCAACCGCUCAGUAACGCAAAAUCUCAACAUGUUCGGGAAAUGGUAAAAAAGAACAAACCGGACAGGAAGAAGCCAUCAGCGAAAUAUUACCACCACGCUUCUCAAGCGAAUCAUAGAAACUAUUUUUACCAUGAUCAAUAUUCAUCGCAUCUUACAAGCGACGAAUACGACAGUAACGGGUUCGAUGACGAAAUACCGUACUCGGAGACGUUUGUUACCAUGAAUGGAACGAACGACAAAGAAGAAAAGCAGCAACAGUACUACAAUCGCCACGGCGAUGAACACCAGAAUACUAACGGUGGUGUGUACAAUAGUCCUACCAGCUUUAACGAUACUCACGAGGAACGUCACAAGAAACGAGAAGAAAUACUUGCAAAGCUCCAGAAACAGAUAUCUGCACGGGCCGCCAAUAACGUGACCGUCCCCGACAGCACCAAACCUACAAAAGAGCCAAUGAACGAAAGCUUUAAUUCAUCGAAGAGUGAAUUCAUGGUGCCUGUAGAUGCAAUGACUCGCAAGGAAAAGAUCGUAGAUGCACUACCCGGAAAACUGCUACCGGGAACCACCGUCAAAGUGGUGGUCACGUCGGUUCGCGAUCCGAAGCGAAUAUAUGUACAUUUGCUGGAACACACGGACAAGCUAACGCGGCUAGCGCCACAUAUUGACAAUAUCUACAGCACGAAGGCUACCGGGUACGAGUGGCUCAUACCGGACGAGCUGGUUCGGGUCGGCAUGUACUGUGCUGCAAAGUACCAUAAUCGAUGGUACCGGGCACAGGUGAUGGGUCCGGUAAACUUCCAGCGCGUACUAUUAUCGUACAUCGAUUACGGCUACUUGAGAUAUGUGCCGUUGGCGGAGGUGCGAUUUUUAAUGAAAGAGUUAUCUGCCAUACCAUGCCAGUCGGUUCGUGUUGCGCUUAAGCACGUGACUUCCGCUGCGGAAACGUGGAGCCAGGAAUGCUGUGAACAGCUUGCCAAUAUGGUGCAUAGGAAAGUGUUCGACAUGAGUGUGGUUAACGUUGAUGGGGUGGCGAACGUUUUGGAAGUAAUUCUGAUCGAUCCCGACGGAGGCAGCCUGAACGAACAGCUUGCAGCGCGUUGCGACAUCGCAUGGUCGGCAGAUUAGUUAAGUUGAACGUAUUUUUUAAAGAGAUUUUAUUGAGACACCUAUACAUGGGAUGAAAUUUAUCAAAAAAGUGUCGUUAAGCCAUUGUUUUUUUUUAUACCGACAAAUACACCCCUCAAGGUGAGACAUGCUGUGAAUUGUGAAUUGUUACAAAAGGAGCAAAUAAACUGGAAAAUCUCAUGUUUUA